GAAUUUUAUGGUUACAGGCUUGCAAGAUAUUGACAAGUGCCGACAGCAACUUCACGAUAUAAGCGUACCUUUAGAGGUUUUUGACUUUCAUGUACUUACUGGUGGUCUGGAGAGAGUUAGCUAGUCACAUGGUACUGAUUCCCAGCACAUUCUACAACCCUCUAGACUCUCCACAAGGAAAAGUCUGGACACUUAGAAGCAGCUGGCCAUUGAAAACCAGAUACAUAGAUCAAGGCCGUAAUCCCCAGCUUUACACUAAAGAGUGUUUGGAAAGGGCUUUGGCUAAAAAUGAACAAGUAAAAGGCAAAAUUGACACGAUGAAGAAAUUUAAAAGCCUAUUGAUUCAAGAGCUGACUAAAGUCUUCCCAGAGGACAUGGCCAAGUACAAAGCUAUUCGAGGAGAAGAACCUCCUCCUUAAGACUGCCUUUGGUAUGUUCUAAGAUGCCUAAUAUUUUCAUGGAACUGAUAAUCUCCUGUUGUGAAAAUUGUUGAGCUCACUGGACAGAGGAAGAACUUAAGUCUUCCUACUAGGUGUGUUCAUGUAUGUCAUGGUUAUUGGCUGUGAGGGAGCCUGAUUACAACUCAAUUUUUUUUUUUUUUUUUUUUUUUUUUUUUUGGAAGCCAUAAUGUUUUCCUGCAGACUUGUGUCUAAAGAUUGCAUUUGAAACUUCCUGUGCUAAUGUGUUCUUUCCACAAAAGUUGUUUGAGGCAUGUGUGUGACUUGCAAGCUAUUAUACAUCAUUUCCCACAAAGUACACUUCUAGUGACACAGUUCCUCCUCUACCUUGGUGGGUCCCGGGCUUAUUGGCAAUUUUGCUUGCCUUAUAGAUUCACCAUGUGGGUCGGGAAACAGCCCAGAGACCUUCCCCUCUGGUAGAAGCCACAGUCCAGAUCAAUUCCUCCUGUGUCUGAUCAGGAGUUGGGAGGUUUGGGGGGAACCCGGGCCUGCCCU